CCACGACACAACCUGCUUCCGGCUCCGCGGCUCUCAGAAGGAAAAUGGCGGCUCUCGGACGACUCUCUCAGGCGCUGCUGAGGUCUUCUUUGACCCAGACCCGGCGCCAGCUCUCUGCUGCAGCGGGACACACCGAGCAGGCAGCUAAGACAUGGAAGGUGCUCACGUUUGUGGUUGCCCUGCCUGGUGUUGCAGUCUGCAUGUUGAACAUCUACCUGAAAGAGCAGCAACACAGCCAUGAGCAGCCAGAGUUUGUCCCCUAUAGCCACCUACGCAUUCGCAGCAAGCGUUUCCCCUGGGGAGAUGGCACCAAGACCCUUUUCCACAACCCACAUGUGAACGCCCUUCCUGACGGCUACGAGGAACAUUAGUGAACCCACCAGACCUCAUCACUGGAACGAGGACCAGUCCUCCCUCAGCAUUUGUUACAGGACCACACUCCCAUUUACAGUUUACUCUUCUCAGUUUUAUUGUGUUUACCUCUGUGCUCUCAAGAUGAGGCACCCGAACCAAUAGUUUCUGUUCUCUGGACCAUCAAACAAAAUGUCAGCUUAAACUUAACAUAAAUAAAGUAACUGUUAUUACCUCA